CCUUACCUAUGAAGCAUCUCUCAAGCCACACCUUCACCUUGUUAGUAGUUAUCCUUUUCUUAACACAUCAAGUUUGAGAAACGUCUACUUAAUUAAAAGAAUAAAAAAAACCAAAACAUGGAUACCUUGCAGAAGCGAAACCUUUCCCCAUAGCCAGCUUUCCUUCAAAUCCAACCAGCCUCUUCCCCAGGCCCCCCCACCCCCAUUUGACCAUUUCCAAUGCUUCAACAAGACCUCUAAUCCAUUAUUAUCCCAUUCCCAACCUACUGAACUGAUUUUUGGGUCAAUUUGGCGAGCCUAGAAAAAAAAAAGAAAAAAAAAAAAAAAAGGGGCAAAAACUCCCUUCAUUUCCUCCGCAUUACCUGAAUGUAUAAGACCAACCAAUUCGUCACACGUCUCUCUUUAUUUAAAAAAAAUUUGCAAAAAUCAAUUUAGUGGAAAUUUAUUAUUUUUGACAAGCCGUACAAUAAUGCUGAAGAAGCUUAGAAGAAGGGUGAAGACUUUGGUCACCAAGACCUUUAAAAAGCCUCGGAGGAGGCCUGAAUUCUCAACACCAUCCCCUUCAACCCCAGUAGAAGUACCAUCUCCUUCAACCCCAGAAGAAGUUGUUGAACCUGAACCUCCCAAAAUGUCAUUAUCAUCAUCGUUCCAAAAGCGAUCCAACGCUCCAUUUCUCUUCCCCAAAGCCCAAUCAACGGUCGUCUCUGACCCUUCUCUCUUCUUCUCCCCAGACCUCCUCUCAACCCCACUCCCCACAAACUCCUUCUUCCAAAACUUCGUCCUCAAAAAUGGCGACCAGCCCGAGUACAUCCACCCUUAUCUCGUCAAAUCCUCGAACUCCUCUCUUUCCGUCUGCUACCCAUCUCGCCUCUCCAACUCCGCCUUCUUGUACCAGAUUUUCAACGCCGAUCUCACCGUCUCCGCCGCCGAAAAAACCGCCCCAGAUUCGCAGAAACCCCACUUGAUCUCUUCCUUCAACGAUCUCAGUCUCACUCUAGACAUUCCCUCGUCGAACCUCCGGUUCUUCCUCGUCCGAGGAAGCCCCUUCCUCACUUGCACGGCCUCCGCUAAGACCGAAAUUUCGAUCUCAACCAUCCACGCGAUUCUCUCGUUUUCGUCCAACAAUUCGCAGACCAAGUACACCGUCAAGCUCAACAACAACCAGACGUGGCUGAUAUACACGUCGUCGCCGAUCAGUUUUUCUCAUAGCCUUUCACUGUUGACUUCCAAUGGGUUUUCUGGGAUUUUGAGGAUUGCCAUAUUGCCUGAUUCCAAUCCGGAAUUCGAGGCGAUUCUCGACAGGUUUAGCUCUUGUUACCCUGUGUCUGGUGAGGUUUCGUUUACGAAGCCGUUUUGUUUGGAGUACAAAUGGGAGAAGAAAGGGUGGGGUGAUUUGCUUAUGCUGGCCCACCCUCUCCAUCUUAAGCUUUUGAAAGGUGAUGAUCGUGGUGUCACUGUUUUGGAGGAGUUUAAGUACAAGAGUAUUGAUGGUGAUCUUGUUGGUGUUGUUGGCGAUUCGUGGACUUUGAAGCCUGAUCCUGUAUCGGUUACUUGGCAUUCGAUUGAAGGUGUCAAAGAAGAAGCUUAUGAGGAGAUUGUUGCCGCGCUGCAGAAAGAUGUCGAGGCUCUUGAUGCCGCAGCAAUAACGACGAAUGCUUCGUAUUUUUAUGGGAAGUUGAUCGCGAGAGCGGCGCGGUUUGCGUUGAUUGCUGAGGAAGUUCGUUUUUUUGAUGUGAUUCCAAAGAUCCGGAAGUUCUUGAAGGAGGCAAUUGAGCCGUGGUUGGAUGGGACUUUUAAUGGAAAUGGUUUCUUGUAUGAGGAAAAAUGGGGUGGGAUUAUAACAAAGCAAGGACAAGGUGAUGGUGGUGCGGAUUUCGGGUUUGGAAUAUACAAUGAUCACCAUUUCCAUUUGGGCCACUUUCUUUAUGCAAUUGCAGUGCUUGCGAAAAUUGACCCGGCGUGGGGGAGAAAGUACAAGCCUCAAGCUUAUUCCAUGAUGGCUGAUUUUAUGAACUUGAGCAGGCGGGCAAAAUCAAAUUACCCGCGCCUGAGAUGCUUUGACUUGUACAAACUGCACUCGUGGGCGGGCGGGCUUACUGAAUUCGCUGACGGGAGGAAUCAGGAGAGCUCGAGUGAGGCGGUGAAUGCUUACUAUUCGGCGGCUUUGAUGGGGUUGGCCUAUGGAGACACUCAUCUUGUGGCGAUCGGAUCACUGCUCACGGCGCUGGAGAUUCAGGCUGCCCAAAUGUGGUGGCACGUGAAGGAGGGAGACAAACUGUAUGACGAAGAUUUCACGCGGGAGAAUAGAGUGGUGGGUGUGUUGUGGUCAAACAAACGGGAUAGCGGACUUUGGUUUGCGCCGGCGGCUUGGAGAGAGUGUAGGCUUGGGAUUCAAGUGCUGCCCUUAUUGCCCAUCACUGAGGUCUUGUUCUCUGAUGUUGGCUUUACCAGGGAGCUUGUGAAUUGGACAUUGCCAGCUUUGCAGAGAGAGGGCGUCGGAGAAGGAUGGAAAGGGUUUGUUUAUGCACUCGAAGGGAUUUACGACAAAGAGACCGCUCUGCAGAAGAUUAAGUCCUUGAAUGGAUUUGAUGAUGGGAACUCGCUCACCAAUCUUCUGUGGUGGAUUCAUAGUAGAGACCAAGAGAAAGAGGAAUUCGGAGGAGGAGGGAAACACUGUUGGUUUGCUCACUACUGUCACUGAAUUUAGUAGCAACCAUAAUCUGGAUCAGUUGAUUAUGAAACAAGUUUACUUGGCAGCUAAUAUUCUUUCUGCAACUUUGGGCAUUUUGUGCUUUUUCUCGGUUAAUGAUGUUAGUUUGGAUUUAAGAUUGCAUUGAGCAAGCAGGGAAAAAGAAUGCUAAGCUGCACUGUCUUUACGGGGGAGCAAAUCUAUACUACUACAUGUGUGUGUGA